GUCACAAAUGUUGAGUUGUGGUUAUGACAAAACUGCAAGACUGUUUGACAUGAAAACAGGAAAGGAAAUCAAAGUGUUUCCACAUAGAAACUAUGUGACGUGUGUCCAGUUUCAUCCCAGUGAUCCCACCCUGUUCUUAGCUGGGACUUUUAAAUCUUCCAUUCUGUGUCUUGUGGGACAAGAGGACUGGAAGUUAUUUUCCAGGCUCCUAGAUGCAGGCUUAUGUUUUGUAGCUUUGUCACUAGUGCAGUGGAUCCUAAGACAGCACCCCCAUUACAGGCAUGAAUGAUUAACUCCUAUCA